CGUUAAUAUUAGCGUACUACAUGCCUAGUAGGCUAGUACUACAUAGUAUAGUAGGUAUACUACUAUUAGGUAACUUAAGGUGACUACCAUCAAUUGAUUAGUAUUCAAUCAUUUCAAUGUUCAACGUUGUUACUAUUCAACAUACCUAUUAGCUUGCCAGCCUCUCUCCCUUGACCUUGUCGCCUAUCAAAAGGAACGUAACUCAUCUACCCACUUCGCCAUUGAUAAGCUCUUCUCUAGCUUGGAGUGUCAGAGUGUGAAAAGCCGGGACCAAGAAAGAGCUUGCAAGCUCGCAGACACCGAUAAUGGCACAGCAGGCGCCGCCUCGGAAUGGCCUGUCCCUCUAUGCUAACCUACUCGAACCUGACGGAGACUCGACUACAUCUAUAUCCCGCGCCCCAGUCCUAUCCAGAGAAGCGCUUGAGGCGGUUAAGGAGCAGGAAGCCUCUAAGAAACCUCUCGAUCCCGCUCUGCGCUUCCAGCCGCACCCACAAAUUCGUCGCCCGCAACCCAAGACACAGAAAGCUAAAGCCGGCUUCCCAAAAGCUCCUUCCGCUCCCACCAAUCCCACCGGUUCCGUCACCACAGGCUCAGCUCCGGCUAGGAGUAAGCUUGCCGAUUGGGCGCCUACAGAGGAGGAUGAGUACAUGUAUGGCACCGGCGAGAAGAGGGCGCGGGGCGGGCGCAGAAAGAAGAAGAAGAAGGCAGAUGAUGUACCCAUUGAGACCGACUGGGAUGAAAUAUACGACCCCUCAAGGCCCACGAACGUAGACGAGUACCUGCAAAGCGAAGAGCGAAUACGAGAGGUGCGGGAAUGGAAGGACUUGCUUUACAAGCAUAGGCGACGCGACGACGAGAGGCAUUCAAGCUGGGAUAGCAACGAGGAGGAAACUAGGCCAGCACCGAACCAAUUUGCGCCACCAGACUCUUAUUCUUUCGCACCACCCCCGCCCUCGCCCCCACGAGCCUCAGUACCAGACGACAAGACUGGCGAUGAUGCGUACGCACGCCGAUUAGCCAUAUCACAAGGCAAUGCGCCUCCUCCACCACGUUCACCAUCCCCACCACCUCCUCCACCUCCGCCAACAGGACUUCCAGCAGCCACUACCGCACUAGAACCCGCAUCCAUAUCCCGCGCGCCAGUACGCUACACCCAACCGGAGGCCGCGCCACCACCACCACCACCACCAAACCCAGAUGCCAUGGAUGAGGAUGAAGAUGAAUACGUACCCCCCGAGUCAGUCGCCGAGCUGCGCGGCAACCGUCCCGGCCAGAAGGGCUUCGCGGCACGCUUCAUGGCCAAGUACGGCUGGUCCAAGGGCCAAGGUCUUGGCGCCGAGGGCACCGGCAUCGUACAACCGCUGCGCGCGCAGGUCGACAAGCGCAAGAAAAAGCCCGACUCCGAAGGCGGCGGGUGGGUCGGGCCUGCCGGGCGUGGUCGCAUCAUAGGCCCCAAGACGGGCGCUGGGACCGAGCCCGAGAGCAGCGGCGGUAAGUUCGGGGCCAUGAGCAACGUCAUCGUGCUCCGCAACAUGCUGGAGGCUAUGGAGGACCUGGAAGCCGAGAUUGAGUCCGGGCUCGGGCAGGAGAUUGGCGAGGAGUGUGGCGACAAGUACGGGAGAGUGGAACGCUUGUACAUCGAUGUGGAGGGGAAGAGGGUGUAUAUCAAAUUCACAGACCAGGUCUCUGCGUUAAGGGUAAGUCAAUAUCUCUCCCCUCCUCUUUCCUUCCGUUAUCAUGGUGCUAACCAUCCCCAAUAUAGGCCGUGAAUGCCCUAGACGGCCGCAUAUUCGCCGGCAACACCAUCGAGCCGCAGUUCUACGACGUGGAAAAGUUCGAGCGGAGGAUAUACGAGUGAUUUAUGUGACGGGGCGAGAGAUAUAUAUAUCUAUCCCCAUCCGGACGGGGCGAAAGAACCACUGCUAUUGCUACUAUGACAGAGCACCUACGAAGUACUAUCUAGGUACCUAGUCUAUAUAGACCACAACACGUGGAUAAGAUAAUGCAUAGAUAGAUAGAUCAUGGAUCAUAUAGUACUCUUCUGCCCAAUUUGCUGCUGCUAUCUUUUUUUCUACACCGUCCGGUCCAAAUACAUUACUCCUAACCUAACUGAUUAGCGAAUGCAGUAUAACCAUGAUUUGAUACUGUACCUGCGACUAGAAUUAAGAGAAAAAAACCGGGUGAAUUUGCCAGUGUACCUACAUACAUACCCAAGAUAACCUACUUUAUAUACACUCGUUAUCGAGGAUACACAGGACUCGAGCAUGAUUCAAGGAAGGUCACAUAGGACUUGGUAGUUACCUAUUUAGGUAGAUAGAUACCUUCUAUACAAGUCGUGGAGGCAUAUUACAUAGCCAUCACACUAUCAGGGUGUUUACCAACGCAAAUACAAAUGAUGGCCUACAUUGUAACGCAACGGGUCUGUGGGUUUAUG